CUCAUCUUAAUUACCUCUUCUCUUUCUCCUUUAUAACUGAGAGAGAUUUUUUUUGAAAAAUACUAUCUCAGUUCUUAUUCAUGGCAGAGCAAAAGAAAAUAGCAGAAGCCACCAUGGAAGAUGCUUACAAGUUGCUCAAUAUUACACGAAAUCCAGAUGGGUCUCUCACUAGAAAAUACCCAUUUCCUAAUGUCCCUUCAAAUCCAGAAAUUGAUUCAAAUGAACAAAUUUCACUCUCAAAAGACAUACCUCUUAACCUUACCACCAACACCUUCAUACGCCUCUUCCGUCCCGUUUCUCCGCCCCCUAACGCCAAAUUACCUCUCAUCAUAUACUUCCAUGGUGGUGGAUUUGUGCUAUGUAGUGUAAGUUCUGCUAUUUUCCAUGGAUCUUGUAAUUCCAUGUCAGCUCAGAUCCCCGCAUUAAUUGCUUCCGUUGAGUAUCGCCUCUCCCCCGAGCACCGCCUUCCUGCAGCCUAUGACGACGCCGUCGAUGCAAUCAAAUGGGCUAAAGAUCAAGCUAUUAACGGUGGUGAUCCAUGGUUGAAAGAGCUCGCUGAUUUCUCUAAAGUUUUCUUAAUGGGUAGUAGUUCAGGAGGAAAUAUUGUGUACAAUGCAGGUUUACGUUCACUCGAUCUCAAUCUCGAUCCGAUUAAGAUAGUGGGGCUGAUAAUGAAUCAGCCCUACUUUGGUGGGGUUGAGAGAACAGAGUCGGAGGUCAAGUUUGUCAAUGACAAGAUAGUGCCUUUGCAUGUAAAUUAUCUGAUGUGGUCGCUCGCAUUGCCUGAAGGUGCGGAUCGCGAUCACGAAUUUUCUAAUCCGUUGAUUAAUGAGGCGGAAGUAAAAGUGAAGAUCCAACGAUUGCCGACGUGUUUGAUCAGAGGGUAUGGAGGGGACCCACUUGUUGAUAGGCAGAAGGGAUUGGCUAAGAUGAUGGCGUCACAUGGGUUGCACGUGACUCCUCAGUUUCUUGAAACAGGAUAUCAUGGUGUGGAGAUAUUUGAUCCAAAAAGUGCACAAGAUCUGUAUGAUUCUAUAAAGGAUUUUAUCAAAUCUAUUUGUGUUGAAAAUGUGGGCAAAUCAGCCAUGUGAUAAUGAGUUAAAGUGUGUUUGUUUUGUUA